AAAAGCCUCCUCCGAAGCAAUUAUUUCCUCUCUUUGGAAAGCAAGGCGGACUUUUUUGAUUUAUUUCGUUUUUAAGUUAACAUUCAAUAAAGGGAUAUUUCGAGUCUCGAAUGCGUGCGGGGGUAGCAUGAAGCGUCCGUCGGUGCAUCGUAAUCUUUCUGCUCGAGUAUGAAAACUUUCCCGAAGGGCUGAACAUCGACGACGCUCGUUGCAAUUAGAUGGAGACACCAGAAGCAGGUACAGAUGGACAUCACUGCGCCGGAUGCGGAGGAAGAAUCCAGGACUCCUUUCACAUGAAGGUUCUCCAAGACACCUGGCACAACGCCUGCUUUCAAUGUUCUGUAUGCUGUGACCACCUGACUAACUGGUACUAUGAGAAGGACGGCAAGUUGUACUGUCGGAAACACUACUGGGAGAACUUCGGGGAGCUGUGUCAUGGCUGCUCUCUGCUAAUGACUGGACCCGCCAUGGUGGCUGGAGAUUACAAGUAUCACCCCGAGUGCUUUGUGUGUCUAAGCUGCAAGGUGGUUAUCGAGGACAGGGAUACCUACGCCUUAGUUGAGCGCUCCAAACUCUACUGUGGAAAGUGCUACAAGCAGGUUGUCCUCACGCCCAUGUUGGAGAAGCGUUCCCCUGACUCUGUCCUAGACUCCCUGCCUCACACGGUGACCCUCAUCUCCAUGCCCUCCGCCGCAAAUGGCAAGCGGGGUUUCUCUGUCUCUGUUGUGAGGGAUGUCGCCGGCGGCUCAGCCACCGUUCAAGUAAAAGAGGUAAGGGGCAUGCUUAUUAGUCCAGAGGUCCGAAACGCCAUCCAUGUUGGGGACAGGAUCCUGGAGAUUAAUGGUCUUCCAGUUGGGACAUUGAUGGAAGAUGAAGUGGAUGACCUUAUUCACCGAACCAGUCAUACUCUGCAGCUGCUUAUAGAAUAUGAUCCAGUGAGGCAACGUUUGGACAGGCUUAGGCUAGGGUCCCCAAGGAACCAACUGGGUGUCCCCGCCACCUCCCGCAUGCGCCUGUCCUCGCCUUCUUAUGCUGUCUUGGAGAGAACGGAUGUGGUCUAUGAUGGCACGCUGAAGAGGAGAUCUUUGAGGCGCAGUAACAGCACAUGUAAGUCUCCUGGGCCAUCUUCUCCUAAGGAGCAUCUGACUCUCAUGCGGGACAUCGGCCGCUCUGAAUCUUUACGAUCAUCCAGCAGCUGCUCUCACCGCAUCUUCCGGCCCUGCGACCUCAUCCAUGGCGAGGUGCUCGGCAAAGGCUUUUUUGGACAGGCCAUCAAGGUGACACACAAAGCCACGGGAGAAGUGAUGGUGAUGAAGGAGUUAAUCCGCUGUGAUGAAGAGACCCAAAAAACAUUCCUGAAGGAGGUUAAAGUGAUGCGUAGCCUGGAACAUCCCCAUGUUUUGAAGUUCAUCGGUGUGCUGUACAAGGACAAGAAACUGAAUUUGAUUACCGAGUUUAUUGAGGGAGGCACCCUAAAGGACUUCAUUAGAGACAUGGAUCCAUUUCCAUGGGAACAAAGGGUCAGCUUUGCAAAGAGCAUCGCCUCUGGAAUGGCCUACCUCCAUUCAAUGAGCAUUAUACACAGAGAUCUCAACUCUCACAAUUGCCUGGUUAAGCUGGAUAACACAGUGGUGGUUGCUGACUUUGGACUCUCCCGACUCAUAGUAGAGGAGAAAGUUAAACCCCCACCUGAAAAACCUGCCACCAAGAAGAGGGUGUUCAAACGUAUGGACCGCAAGAAACGGUACACAGUAGUGGGAAACCCCUAUUGGAUGGCUCCAGAGAUGCUAAAUGGUAAACGCUAUGAUGAGAAGGUGGACAUUUUUUCUUUCGGGAUUGUACUUUGCGAGAUUAUUGGACAGGUCUAUGCUGACCCUGAGUGCCUCCCCAGGACUCUGGAUUUUGGCCUGAAUGUUGGCAAGUUUUUGGAGAAGUUCCUCCCUGAAGAUAGUCCACCAGCAUUCUUUCCUCUGGCUGUGGCCUGUUGUGAUCUCAUCCCAGAGAAAAGGCCACCUUUUGAGAAGCUGGAGGACUGUUUCGAAGCCCUGACCCUCAACCAGGAGCUGGGCAUCCCUCUGCCUGGUGAGUUGGAUGAGCUUUACCAGAGCCUGUGUCAGAUUUACGGGCCCAAAGAUGUAUCCCCAGUGCAGAAAACAGAUCAAACCCCAAUGCCACCAACUGCUUCUCCAGAGAGCGCCAGUGUGACAGAUGAUGUGACCUAGCUUCUGUGGACCUACUCCCUAUUUUUUUCAAUCCACCUGAACUAUUGCAGGAACAGAAUGGAUAAGGUAGAAAAAGAAGGUGAACUUGUGCUGUAUGAUAACUGGAUGAGCUGAGGUUAUCUGGACCAGUCUCCACCCUUUUUGGGACUAUAUCUCGGAGUGCCAGUGAACUGCAGUGAGAGUGGAAACAACUGAGGCGACGCAUUUCAAGAAGAGAAAAAAGUUUUGGGUUUUGUUUUUUUGUUUUUUUAAUUCUAUUCAGCCCCACAGUGCACAUACCGGGAGAUGCAGGCUUAUGCUUCUAUUAGUGUGUGUUACAAGAAUAACUUUAAAUCCAUAACAGUACUGCGCCAUGUUUGGAUGAAGACCUGUCAUUUUUGUCAAACGAGUCCUUAUGUGAAAGCUUUUCUUUUUUUUUUGAGUUUCCUAUUUCUCCUUCCUCCUCACUCCUGAAAUUAUUUUACGCAAUGCAUGGAAUGCAGAUCGGUCCUUGCCCAUGGUGAGACCCUUCACUGCAGCAACAAAGAAAACACGGAUGUGUGACAAUCUGGUUGAUUGACAUCUCAGAGUAAGCAGAAGGUUGUGGGCUUCAGAGGGAAUUUCGUUUACCACCAAAAGUGCAUACUUCACCAGUGCACAGGCCUCUCGAGUGCACAUACUCGAGAGUCCCGGGCAAUCGCACAUGGGUUCGAGGAGACCUUGUGCAAGAUGUCAAAGGAAUGUUCUGACUUUAUUGACCCAAGGUAAAACUUUGUCUACCUGUGCCUUAUUAUGUAUUGUCACAUGGUGCCUCACCAUUAUUACAUCACAGUUCUGUCAAAAGCACUCACUUGUUUGUUACAAUUUCGGGUGUGUACCAGCCCUAUUCCACCACGCCUUCACUGAAUGGUUAUGACUUUUACGAGUAGGCAGAUAAAUUCCUCCUAAACCAUUUGGAAUUUCAUUUUUGAUUUUUUUAUAUAUAUGAAUAAUGCCGAACUGCCAGUUUGUGUUUUUUUUUUCUUCAAAUAUGGGGCAGUCAUGGGAAACUUAACAUUGCUGCUCAUCAGUCUUGUUAUCUUGGUAUGUGUUCAUUGGGGCUGUGCCUUCCAAGGCAUUGUGCAUUUUAUUGAGAUGAGCUGUACAAAUGAAACUGGAUUUGUAUAUUUUUCUUAUCAGAAUUUAAGGAAGUGUGUAUAUAUUAUGGUUCUAAUUCGAUGUCCUUUACUAAUGGAAAUCAUGGAUUUGUAGAUUUUCAGGCAUUUGUAGAUUAUGGAGACUUGUAAAAGUUGUUUUCUGACUUAGUCUAGCAUUGUCUAAGGUACUACCAGUUAUAACCACUAUUUGUAGUUUUUCUUAAAUAAAUCUUUCAAAA